AUGACAUCUCUAUCAGAACAUGAGCGCAAUGUGGUUGAGAGCCAUGCAUUGGGUGAAUCUCUCAAUCAUUUACUAGAGCCACUUCAGGAUGUAGAGCGUUCAUAUUCCCUGGUCAAUUCUCUUGGCGUCGCCGACGAUAGGCCUGACCAAGAUUGCCAGAAAGCAGUAUCGCUACUCCUUUCUGCUUUGAUAAACACAGAAGCAGCUCUAUUGCUUCAGUCAAGGUUCAGCAGUCGCGAUAUAGCUUCUGAACUUUUCUCUCUCUCCCUGCGUGUCCGAAAAGGCAGCUUCUGCUACAACGACUAUCGCCCGCUUGUGAAGCUUAUCAUCCAAAGGAAUCCAAAUGCAUCCGACUACGACAUCUGGAGCGCUGUUCUCGAUCUCAUCGGCACUAAUUUCAAGGACUACCCCUUCACCGCGCCCUGUCAUUUCCCUUCAACAAACGCCCCUCUAUACGCAACACUAGUAGUUUCGCGAACUCAACGGAAUACCGAAAGACUCGAUUCGACAGCACAGGCUGUCUUGGAUAAAUGCAAGGAGGGAGAUAAUCCAUUGUAUAAUGAGGAGAGGGGUUGGCAGGACUGGCCAGCGACAGCGGUGGAAAAGGAAGUGCUGAAAUGGCUGUCACAGGUUAUCAAAAGUCUUGUGCAGUUUGCAGAGGCAUAUGAUGCAACUCAAAGAAUCAAUCGGAGGCCUCUGGCGCGACCUUUUCAGCCUUUGGAGGGAUCUAUCACAAAGCGAAAGCUUGAUAUCGGUUUUGUUGAUGAUAUAAAUGCCACUGAAUCCUCCAGAUGUCAUUGGUCUCAGAUUCUGGUGCCAGGGGAGCUGAAGAAUGAUAAGAAAUAUGACAGAGCAUCAAGCGCGUGGCUUGAUCUAGGAAGGCCUCCACUUGGAUUCGACCCUACCAUCGUCACCCAUGGAACAAAGCGCUAUAUCACAAUAGAGAAGGAUGGCGGGGUGGAACGGUUGGUCAUCGAUGAGGUCAUUGGGCGAGCGCGCUGUGUCGCCGGCCGGGCCACCACAUGCUGGAAGGUACAUCGCGAGGACGAGCCGCAAACUCCGCUUGUGGUCAAGGACUCGUGGCAAUAUCCAGAGCGCGAUGAAGAAGGGAAGCUUUUAUAUGAAGCAACAGCGCAAGGGGUCACCCAUGUCGCACGGUACUAUCAUCAUGAGACCGUCCGCGUCGAUGGUAAAGAUGAUGAUGUCUUGGGUAUUCGAAGUGGCCUAGUCAUCCCAACAGGCUGA